CAAAUAAAAUGUCACUCAAAUUUAUAAAACAAAAUGGCGAUCGCUACAUCGUGCUUUUGUUUUGAUUUUGUUUGUAUUGAAUAAGCAUGAAUAAGAAUUCAGCCUGUUUCUAAUAUAGAUGUUGUACAUCAGAAAUUGUGAUACAAACUUUGCAAUAAAAAAUAGGGGCCUCAUAGUAAUUUUUUGGUACUAACUCUAAAUAAAUUCGAGUGAGUAUUGUUUGAGAAUUAUGGUGUAACUUUGUGUAGUACAAUAUUGAAUAUUUAUUGAAAAAAAAAACCGCUACCACUACCUAUAUUCAUUGUGAAUAUUCAAAUUAAAUAAAACUGACAAGAUUCCAUACCGUCUAUAUUUCCAUGGGUAACAAUGGAUUCUGACGAAACUAGAGUUGAUUAUAAAGGCACUGGAAGUGAAGUAGAUAUGGCUGAAUGUAAAGAAGGAGUGACUGAAAGUGUAACAGAUAAUGCCAUUAUUGAUCCUGAUGAUGAACAGAAAGAAAUAAAAGCCCUUAACACUAGUAAAGAAUCAGAUGGAGAGAAUUUGGAUGCCAUCAGAAAGUACAUAGAGGAACAAGAGAAAGAAAUACAGGAACUAAGUUCUCAGGGCAAACAAAAAAUUGGACAACAAAAAACUGAUGAUGUCAAGGAAAAUAAGACCAGUACAGAGGAGACAAUGGAUGUAGCAUCAAGUAUGAUGGAUAUGAUAUUGAGUGAGUCGGAAGCGAGAAUAGAAAAGAAGGGUAGUUCAGACCUGAAAGGCUUGUCACCUUCGGAUAAAGGGAGCAUGUCUCUAUCAGUGGGUUCUCAUGUUGAAGCUAAAGAUUUUAGUGAGUACUGGUACCCAGCUGAAAUUGUGGAAGUAGAUUAUGAUGAGAUGGAGGUACUUGUGCGUUAUGACAACCCAACUAAGAGACAUGAUGAAUGGAUAAGCGUUAGCAGCCCUCGUCUAAGACCUCAGGGUUCAGCACCAAAUACCCCAGUAGGUACUCCUCAGACCAGCAAUCCUCUUAAUGAAGCUCCAGGUACCACAACUUCUGAACCUGAUCCGGUUAUAGAAAUCAAGGAGGAGUCUAAAGAGGAUAAAGUAAAAGUCACUUAUGUGGUUGGAGAGAGGUGCCUGGCACGUUGGAGAGACAAUAGGAGAUUUAUCGCGACUAUUACCAAGGACUUAGGAGAUGGUCGUUACGAGAUCGCAUUCGACGACGGUUUUCAAUGGAAAUGCUCUGUAUCGAGAUUAUACAAAUACAAGGACAAUAUAAGUAUAGAUACAGGUUCCGUUACUCCCAGUACAUCAGUUCCAUCUCCGAUCCAACACGGGGCUGGUCCGAGCACCGCAACAUUACCAUACCAUACACAUUUGUUCGACCCUAACCGCGAUUAUUUAGGUUCAAAAAGCGAGAGGCGCGAAAUGAAACGAAAGUUGAAUAUAAAAGAGAUAUUCAAUAUUGGGCAAAAGAAAAGGAAGAAAAUGCCUGAAGAAAAACCACCGAAAGUAACGCCGCCGAAGGUAGCCACGCCCAAGGUGGCGCCGCCGAAGAAACCAAAGACAGAGAAAAGGAAAAUUUCUUCAACACCGGCUGAAACUGUUAAAAAAUCAACAGGUGAUGUUCCAGAGGCUGUAGCUUCAAUAAUCGGAACAGUUAAUCAGGAACAGUCAGUUAAAGUCGAGGAGAAAGAUAACUUAGAUUCCGAUGCUCCUGAAUCUGUGCCUUCUAUUCCGGUUAAAGAAGCUAAUGAUGUUAAAUCUAAAGUUGAGGAUAUUGUUAAUAAUAAAUCAGCAGAAUCUCCCAAUAUUAGUCCUAUACCUGAAAAUGAAGAAGUUGAUGUCGAUAUGAAAUUUGAUAAUGAGACAACAACUGAAAAGAAUGCAUGUGUUGAUAAUGAGUCAUUCACUAGUGAAACUAUCGAUGAUAAAUCACCAUUAGUUAAAAACGAAACAUCAGUUAUUGAAACCAAAACUGAAAAAGAAGCUGAUCAUAAAGAUGUCAAUGAGACAAUAAAAACCGAAAAUUCAAUAAUUGCCAAGACUGAACAAAUUGAAAGUUCACCAAGUAUAAUACCCGAUGGAGAAGUGAUGUUUGAAAAGUUCGAGAAGCAAGACGAAGUGAAACACGAGGAGGUCAUAGACAAAAUUAAAGAGGUCAUUACAAAAAUAGAGGAUGAUUUGAACAAAGUUGAAGUAUGUUCGCCGAAAGUCGAGAUCAAAGAUGAGAUUAAAACGGAGGAUGUAAAAGAGGUAGUGAAAGAGAAAAAUAAGAAGAAGGGUAAAAAAUUGAGGUUGUUGCAGGAGAAGAAAGUGAAGAAGCAAGUGGAGAAGGUGAAGAAUGAGUUGGAGGUGAUGAAGCGGCAGGUGGAAGAGAUGAGGAAGCAGAUGUUGAUGAAGGAGGCAGAUGGGCCGUUGCAGAUGCCGGAAAGUUUCCUUCUGCCGGGUGAGUGGUGCUGCAAAUGGGUGAACGGCCAGCCGGUGGGGAAAGUAUGCGAGCUGGAAACGGAGCCCCGGGAAGGAGCUAAAAUAGGACUGCCGAGAAGAAGUGUGCAGGUUGAGGAUAAACGUUUACCUGAAGGCUGGACUAAGCACAUGGUACGCAGGAGUCUGGGACAUUCAGCAGGGAAAUGGGAUGUCGUUUUAGUUAGUCCCGACAACCGCCGAUUCCAUACGAAGACUGACAUGCGUAACUAUUUGGAGAACAAUCCUAGCGAACAUCUGAAGGAAUAUGAGCAUGCGUUGAUGGACUUCGGGGUUCACCUCAAGCUGUCUCGAAGAAUGGGCUGGUUUACUAACACACCUGGUGGAACUGAUGACAUCCCUGUAGUGACUCUUCCCGCUGGGACGCUAAUCAGCACGUCGCCGUUAGUGAAACGCAGGAAAUUGGGGCUCAAGAGGCCUCAUCCGAUCAAAGGAAAGGAGAAGAAGAAGCUGAAACUAGCGCGAUCCAAGACUUCGGGUCAUCGUCCUGCAGCAGAUAGUCUCGCGGCGACGGGUUCAACUGGUGGCGACUAUAGCGGGGUGGACGCGGCUGAGCUCCUCCCGCCGGACGAUCCGCCUUUAGAAGAUGGCUAUGUAUAUGUCGGCUCACUAAAAGUGCAAAUCAUUGACAACCUCCUCCGCUGCCCGGCAGAGGGUUGCUUCAAAAACUUUCGUAACAAUACUCUCAUAAAAAUGCACAUAAAGCAUUACCACAGGGAACUGCGAAAGAUGUUGGGCAGGACGCCCAAAGUGGCCGAUUUGGCGAGCGCCCGAGCCUUGCCAACUGAUGUACCCACCCCAAGAGGCAGAGAACCAGAAUUGAAAACGAUUAAAGUCAAAAUUUCAAGGCUACCAAAGAAAGAGGAGCCUAAAGUAGAAGUGAAAACGGAAAUAGAAACACCAACAACUCCAGUCAAAGAUUUUGAUAUACCAAAACAGGACUCGCCCAAAUUAAGGCAUGCCUUAAGCAAUAAACCAGUAAGAAGGCCCAAAGUAUUAUUACCGGUUCGAAGAGUUGAACCGGACUACGAGCCGGUUGAAGAAAUGGUGGUAGAUGACUCAAUAUCGGAACCUAUAAAUUUGAUCGAUCCGCAAGAUUUUGAAGCGGCUAUAUCAACACAUACGGUUACCAAGCCAGUUAAUUUUGAAAAGAAAGUUAUAAGUGAUGAUGAUGAAUGGUAUGCUAUGAAUUCAGAUAUGGAGACUCAGUCGAGUUUCCCAAGGUCAGGGAGUCCCGACUCCAAGAGUAUGGAUCAGAAACCAGUAUCGUCAGAGUCUAAUGAGGAACAACAGAAGAUGGAUAUGUACACGUACACCGAAAACGGAGAACGCAUAAAGAUCGUUCAUAUGAAGCGGGAGGAGAUCAUAAACUGCCACUGCGGGUUCCGCGAGGAGGACGGGCUGAUGGUGCAGUGCGAGCUGUGUCUGUGUUGGCAACACGCGCUGUGCCACAACAUUCAGAAGGAGUCUGAGGUACCAGAAAAAUACACGUGCAGCAUAUGCCUUAACCCGCGCCGUGGUCGUCGCUCCAAGCGUUUCCUCCACGACCAGGACCGACUUUACGAAGGUCUCUUGCCAGGGGCCAGACCUUGCGAGAACUUGAGACGGUCUCACGAACUGUCCGGGAACCUGUUGAGAAUCCAGGAUGCUCUCCAUGCGCUACAAGUCAAGUACCACGUCGCCGUGAAGAAAGACCACCCUAAACUCUAUUUAUGGGCCAAGGACUGGGACACGGGCGACAUUAGCCUGACCCAGGAGCGCCUCAACUCCGAGUACUCCGACCUCAACAUCAUGAUCAACACCAUCGGCAAGGAGAACAUGAGGGUCAGUGACCUCAACCACUCGAUGGACAUGGAUCAUGACAGUGUUGUCAGAUCGAGUCAGCCUGUUUUGCUGAGCGGGUUGCUGUCCAGCCCGGGAGACAGGGCUUUGGAGUUACCCAUCUCUACUGCGGAGCUGGAGAAAUUGGCCAAGACCGUACAAGAACAAGAGAUGCCCCGUGGUCCUCAGCCCGAGGCGGCCAUAGAGAAUGGGCCGUGUCGCGAGCGGUUGUUGCGUCACAUACAGCGCUGCCAGGCCAUUAUUGAUGCGAGACUAGACUCCAUUGAAGCUCAAGUCGCAGAGCUCGAAUCUCAAGAUCCAUCAUUCGAAGACGACGAGACAGCGGAUUAUUUCCCGCGCACAAAGCAGACCAUUCAGAUGCUCAUGAGAGAUCUGGACACCAUGGAGGAACUUGGUGCCACUUGAAAUGACAAUCAAUGAUGAUACCAUAGACAAAGAUUUUAAUGAAAUAAGUUAAUAAUUUGGCAAAGUAAUAACAAUAUUCCAUUUUUUAUGAAUUACUUAAAACAUGAAGAACCAAUCAGACAUUUCAAGAUUAGUUGAUUUCUGUGAUGUUCUUAGUUUUGUAAUGUGCUAAUAUUAAUUUAAAUUACAUUCAAAAUAUUAAUUUAUCUUCACUUUUUGGAGUAAAUGGCAAAGUUUUUGUCUAUUGGUCUGUUAGUAUAUAAGUUUACAAAUAAGAGUAAAAAAUAUAAUUUAUUUACCUGUGUGUAUGGUAAAACCAAAAUGAAACUUUAUGGCUUUAAAAUAACAGUUAUUAAAUGUAAUAAAUUAGACAAAGCAGCAUU